GUUGAUGUAAACGCAUGGGCCGAGUUAAAGUGACUGAAGUAGCAGUGCGAUAGUCGCUGUUGCCCGUGCUGCCGACCGGAUCCGGUUUAGCUACCUGCUCCGCUGUGGACGUGCGGAUUUGCACCUCGUUCUGCCGCCACACUUUGGGAUUUUAAUCAUGCAUCCGAGUCCGGUGGAUCUGUGCUGAAUACACGCGAAUCAUCUCUCCGUCGAAUGUCACCAGUCUGUAAUUGGAUGGUGGGACCACUGUGCCUGAAAAUCAAGUGGAUCAGCAGUUUCUGAAACCAGUCUACCACCAUCAUUCCCCAUGCCAGAUUUCAUGCAUUACACUGCCGCUACAUGGUUCCCUCAUUGGAUAACUGCACGAAUGAGCAGAUGUGCAGGUGUUCCUGAGAUUUUACAACUAAAUCAUUUUAAGUGUGAGGAGGAGUGUGUGUCCCAUGUUGCACUAGGAGUGUGAGUGUGUGUGUGAGAUGCUGGCCUGUUUGCCAGGGCCAGGUGACCUCUCCCUCCAGCUUCUUCCCCACUCGCAGAUGAACACUGGACUUCAGAAAUGGGACACUACACAGAGGAUGAGAUCAACCCAGUAUCCGACCCCUGCAGAGCUGGACGCUUAUGCUAAGAAAGUGGCCAACAGCCCGCUGACCAUUAAAAUAUUUCCAAACAGCGUCAAGGUCCCACAGCGCAACCACGUGCGCCGCACCGUCAACGGAUUGGACGCCGGUGGUGCACGCUACAGUCCCUAUCCCCCCUCACAGUCUGCGGCCAAGGCCGGCCUACUGGCCAUCGUCAAGGCGCCCAUCACCAAGGGCAUUAUCAAAGACUUCACCGGUACACGUGUGACGAUGAGUGCCCCUGGAAGUGGGUAUGGUCCGGCACCAAGCACUUUAACCCUUCAGCAUGCACCACAGCCGCUUCAGAGACCCCCACAGCAUCAGCAAGCUCUCUCACAGCACAGUCAGAGUCUCCAGCCCCUCCAACAGCAACAGCAACACCAACACCAGGGACUUGGGCAUCACAUGCCCUCAGCAAUGCCCCAACACCCACAGGGCAUGAGCAGGACACAGCCUCUUUCCCACCCCCCUCCUCUUGGUCACCCAGGUCCACAGCCUCCUCCUGCACUCUUGCUUCAGCAACAGCAGCACCUCCAACAGCCCCCUCCGGGCCUGCAGGGUGGCGCUAGAAAACUCACGGAUGCCGAUGCCCCUCCAAAUGUGACUGUUUCUACCUCAACCAUUCCUCUCUCAAUGGCUGGCACCCUGCACCAGGGCCGCCAGGCUGAUCUGAGCACCAUUGUGCAUCAGAUUAACCAGUUCUGCCAGUCUCGGGCCCAGGGCGCCGGGGCCACAUCCAUGUGUGAGGGCCAAAUCGCUAACCCAAGCCCCAUCAGCCGGAACUUGCUCAUCAAUGCCAGCUCCCGGGUGGCCAUGCACAGUGGGCAUUCCAGCGCUUUACCUCCAGGCCUCGGACACUCUACUUGCACCAUUGGAGCACCAGAUAAAUCGUUAGGCACUGGAGUGCCUCUGCACAACAUGGGUGCCAUAAACAGGAUGGCUGUGUAUCACAACGAUUUGAAGCAACAACAUCUGCAGCACCAACAGAACCCGCAACAGCAUCCAAUUUGCCACCAACAGCAUCAGCAGAUGAUGUCAUGGAACCAGCAUCAGCUCGCCCACCUGCAGCAUGUCUCAGAUGGGGCUGGGCACUCCUGCAAAACCGCUCCUCGGGACCCAGGCUUUCCUUGUAAUGGCAUGAACUACCCACCAGAGCUGUGUGUAGGGCAGCCUUAUACCCUUAAACCUCCCAUGGAUAAGCCAACACCUUCACCUCCAGUUGUCAACAACAACACCAUGCCACCUGGCACUGUUGCACACUACGCUAACGGCCAGUACUACCACCAGGUGCCUGUGUGGGGUAGUAUUCUCCCAACACCCAACAGCGACAGUUCCGGCUCACAGGAAUUGCCUGCACCCUUCCAUGGCAAUGGAUCAGGCGGUACCAACCCUACCCCAGGGGUGGACUGCGCCCCCACGGGAGGAACGGCACACUAUCGACCGGCAGGAGUGGCAGUGGGACAGGGAGCCGCAGUGGGGCAAACUAAUCUGAUGCAAACGGCAGAUUACAUGGGAGGGGACUUCCAGACGCCCUGCUUCCGAGAUCAAAAUCUGGGCUUGAUGGGGAAGAUGCCCAGACCUCCCCCCAUGGCUCACGGCCAGCACCCAGGGUACAGAUAAGCUCCGGCACAGGCUCUGCUUACCACAUCUGUCUGUUUCAAAUAGCCACACAAAAUCAUUUACUCUGCUUUGUCUUAAAUUACUUAUUACGAGGAAAAUCAUUACAACACAUUAGUUCACAUUAACAAUUCAGACAGCAAACAGAAAGUGAUCACUGAAAACUGAAAAAUGUUUAACAAAAGCAGUGUUUUCACAAUUUUCUUUUUCAUUUUAAUCGUCAUUCUUGCAAGUGAUCAAUUUUUUAAAGGAUUUAAACCUAUUUAAUUUUUAUUGCCGGUUUCACCCCAGAUCACUGUGUGAUACAUCUUCUAGGCAUAGAAAUACAGUCUGAAAGAUGAAACGAUGUCCUUCAAACAUCGUGAAUGGCGGAUUUAUAAUUUCUUUGACAAGGUUUUUGGUUCAGUAAGUUGAAAAACCUCACUAAUGCACUGUUCAGGAAAAUAUUUCAUUCUCUUUUUUUAUUUCAGAGUUUGUUCGACAUCCCUGAAUUUUUUUUCACUAAAUUGUUCAAGACGAUAUCAGUUUUGUUCAGAGGGCUUUAUCCUCUUCUCUACAUUAAUUUAUUACUCUGUGAAUGGGAUGCUAGUUUGUAAUAGACACCAAUGAUCUUGACAGGAUAAUAUAUAUAUAUCAGUGAAGUUCUAUCAGCUGCAUAUCAAGCCACUUAGUCUGGCCGGAAUUAAAAUAAUCAGAAGCUUAAUUUAUGUAUCACUAACAGUCAAAUGAGCUGCGACAAAUCAGGUGGCUUAACUGAUGUCUUAACUCCUUUAGAUUAAUGAAGUAGGCAGCAUGAUUGUGAAGUUCUAUUUUCUUAAGAAGCCAAUGUGGGUUGAAUUAGAAAGGAAAAAAUAAACCUGCAAGAAGAUAUUGAGCUUCAAGGGGUGCUGUUGUACUUCUGCUUGAUUUUCGUAAGAUAUGAAAAUUUACUUGAAUCAUAGAGAUGGGGUGUUCUCUUGUUAGAUGGUUUGUAAUAAAGUUAGCAGGACUAAACUUACUACUGCAGAAGAUGGUGGAUUGUAGAUUGUCACUAAUAUAAUUUAGAGACUAACUACGAACCAAAUUGAGAUUAUUCGAUCUGAGCUUUUUCCUCGUGUGUCUCUUGAGAUAACUUCAGUUUAGGAGUUGCUACUGAUGCUCUAUUGACAUGUGCUUGAAUAGACCAAAUUGAUCACUUGCAAGAUCGCUUGUGGGUAAAUCAAGGAGGACUUUAAGUCAAAGGUGAAACAGCAGAUGAAUUAUUUUAUUGUACACUGGCUAAUCUGCUAUACUACUGUAACUUUUAAGAAGUGUAAUGACUGUGUGAAUGUUGGAUGGUUUGAGUGGGGAUGGUUUUAAUGGGCGGGUGUGUCUGGUUUUAGGUGUAUGUGUGUUGGUUGGUUGGUUGGUGGAUUCGCCAUCACCCACUCUUUGCUUGCCUCCCUCUGGAACAGCCCUUAUAAAGCCUUAAGUAUUUGGUCCUUGGACUUUCCUUUGAAAACAAGCAUGGUUAUUAUGAAACCUAUAAUAUUGAUAAUUAUGGAAACGACUUCAAAAAGACUAUAAAGGAACAGCAAUUUUUUCCUUGUUUAUUUUUAUUAACUAAAGCUUUUGUUGAAUAGAAAAGCAAUUCCUUAGGAUUACUUUGCAACAAAAACAAAGAAAAAAGAAUAAUAUUUUAUUGUAAUUAUGUUUUAUAGCUGUGUGUAGUUCUGGGCUGUAACAAAAAAUCUUUUUAUUCCAAGUUUCAAAGCUUCAGUUUUGCAAUUUGUGACUAUUUAUAAUUAUAAACUUGAUUUUAUUUUUUUCUUAUUUAAAUAUUUUUUUUUUUUUUUUUUUUUUUUGCUAUAGCUGUGAAAUGAAGAGUCUACAGUAGAAGACCUUUCUCAUAUCUGUCACUCUGUGGCUGUUGAGUGAAUGAGCGAAAAACUAGAGUGUGUGUGGAGAGUUGUGCUACUCUUUUUGUAAUAUUGUAAUAAUAAAAUAAAGUUCUAAUUUAUGCUUUGAAA